UCACUCCAUACCAGAAAUAUGGAAAUCACACUAAUCUCACUCGUGUCUCUCUCAAUUUUCUCUCUCCUCGUUGCUUUCUUUAUCCUGCCACGAAAAACACACCGCAACCUCCCUCCAAGCCCACCCUCUCUUCCGGUCAUCGGCCACCUCCACCUCAUCGAACAACCUCUCCACCGAGCAUUCCAAAAACUCUCCAAAACCCUCGGCCCCAUCUUCUCCCUCCGCCUCGGCUCCCAACUCGUCGUGGUCGUCUCCUCCCAGUCCGCCGUGGAAGAAUGCUUCACCAAAAACGACGUCGUACUAGCCAACCGCCCCAUGUUCACCGUUGGAAAAUACUUCGGGUACGACUACACUACCGUCGUUGCCUCCCCGUACGGCGACCACUGGCGCAACCUACGCCGCCUCAUGUCCGUCGAAAUCUUCUCCACCAACCGCCUCAACGCCUUCCUAUCAAUCCGACAAGACGAAGUCGGGCACCUAGUCCACCGAUUGUACCAGAAAUCGUCCAACGGCUUCGCCAAAGUCGAAAUGAAAUCGAAGCUCUCGGAUCUCACAUUCAACGUCAUUAUGAGAAUGAUCGCCGGGAAACGGUAUUACGGGGAAGAUUUGGAGAAUUCGGCAGAGGCGGAGGAGUUCCGGGAACUCGUGAGUGAGGUUUUCUCAUCCGGUGUCGCAUCAAAUCCCGCCGAUUUCUUGCCGGUUUUACGGUGGAUUGGUUACAAUGGUUUUGAGAAGAAUUUGGCGAAAACUCAAAAAAGAUUUGACAAGUUAUUGCAAGGGUUGAUCGACGAGCAUCGGAAGGACAAUAGUAAGAAUACGAUGAUUGAUCAUUUGCUUUCGUUGCAAGAGUCACAGCCAGAGUACUACACUGAUGAAAUCAUCAAAGGGCUUAUGAAUGUCAUGAUAUUAGCGGGGACAGACACGUCAGCUGUGACUUUGGAAUGGGCAAUGUCCCUUUUGGUGAACCACCCAGAGGUUUUGAAGAAGGCCAGAGCUGAGAUAGACUCUCAUGUUGGGCAAGAUCGUCUGAUUAAUGAACACGAUCUCCAAAGGCUGACUUAUCUUCAGGCUAUCAUAUCUGAAACCAUUCGCCUCUGUCCAGCAGCACCAAUGCUACUACCGCACAUGUCAUCAGAUGAUUGCACCUUUGGGGGCUACAAUGUGCCACAAGGCACACUCUUGUUGGUCAAUGCAUGGGCCAUUAACAGGGACCCUAAGGCUUGGGAUGACCCAACAAGCUUUAAACCUGAGAGAUUUGAAGUUGAGAAAGUGGAGGGACACAAAUUAAUGUCAUUUGGGUUUGGAAGGAGGGCAUGUCCUGGGGUAGGCUUGGCGCAACGUGUCGUAGGCUUGGCUUUAGGGUCAUUGAUCCAGUGCUUUGAGUGGGAGAGGGUGGGUGAGGAUCUUGUUAAUUUGACUGAAGGAAACGGGCUUACCAUGGACAAAGCUGAGCCAUUGGAAGCCAUGUGCAAAGCACGUAAAGUCAUGAAGGAUGUUCCCUAUGGUGGUGCGAAUGAUGCUUGAGCAAAUUUUUUUGACUGGUACAUUGUGGUCUGCAUUUCGUGUUUUUGUACUACAAUUCCUAUGCGGCAAUAGUCUUGACAUUUUUCUCUUCAUUUGUUUUGCUUCUAUGAUCUUUCUGGUAGUAUGCAACAACUAUUACGUGUAGCUAUGAGACGAUUUAACAAACAAUUUAAAUAAAUAUCAUUAACAUGUGUUUUUU